CAGCAGCUGUCAACACAAUUUUUUUUAUUUUGACCCUUCUUCAUGUUUAAUUUUUGAUCAAAAGUAUUUUUCCAAUUUUAAGCUGUCUUCAUUUAAAAAAAUAUUGGAUAAUAAUAUGACUAGAAAAAACCGAGGCGGAAGUGGAGGUGGAGGCGGACAGCCCAAAUCUUAUCCGUUAGAUAAAAAUGAAAGAAGAGAACACUUUAAAAAGAUCCAAAUGGAAAAGAAUAUGAGAAGAAAUCAAGAUAGAGACCAUGGCCGGAAUUCUGAUGAACGAAGGCAUCGAAGCCGCGAUAAUGGUCCUCCUCCUCCUCGAAAUAGAAUGACUAGUUUUCGUGGUUUUUCCAACAACGAUAACAAUCAUGGCAAUAAUCAUAACCAUUCCCAUGGUUACAUUGAUAAUAGAGGGCAUCAUCAAUUUGGUUCUUCAAAUUACAAUGCAAAUAUAGGACCAAAUGAAAUUGGUUACAGAUAUGAAGAUAUAAACCAAGCAGAUAAUAGAGGACCUGUACCUUUAAUGUCAGUUCCUUUGCAGACUCCUCCUCUUAUACAACAACAACAGCAACAACCUGUUCCUAAUGUAAAAGCUGAGAAAGCUACACCUCAGCAACAAAUUGAGUCUCCGAAACCAAGCACAAGUUUGCCAAAGGCAGUGCCAACAACACCGGUGUCAUCUAAAAAAUCCAAUGAACCAAUGAUUGAUGUUAAAUCAAUAAAAAAGGAGAAGCCAGAUCCUAUUCCAACUCCAACUGAACCCAAGAAAGUGGUUAAGAAAAAAGCACCUUCUUCUUCGUCAUCAUCAUCCUCUUCUUCAUCGAGCUCAGAUUCUAGUUCAAGUGACGAAGAAGCACCUCCAAUGCCUAAACCUAUGAAAACUAAUAACGUCAAAAAGAAGGAACCAGAAAAUGAUGUUGUUUGUUUGGGGAAACAAAGCAAUUUUGAAAGUCUAGUCGAUGAUGAUGAUGAUGAAAAGGUGUGUGUGGUUUGCAAGUCCCAGGACCAUUCAUCUGAAAAGUGCACAACAAAGUGCACAAAAUGCAGCCAUUCUUCAUACUCAACACAAAUUGUGUGCAACGGUUGCGGUGAGGCAUAUCCUCCAAAGCCCAAUGUACCCCAGCCACCAAAUCCGUUUGUUAUGUUUAUGCAGUUUAUGCAAUUUUGCAUGAGUCAAUACACUGAUUUCAAUAAUCCCGAAAUGUUCCAACCAAUUCCCGGGCCAGCUCCAGUACAAGGAUGUACCAAAUCGGUUGAAAUUACCAGGCAAGAUAUUGCUGAAAGCACUAAACGCCAACGCAAAAAGUCUAAAUCGAAGGCAAAAAAUAAAAAGAAGAGGAAAUCCGAAAAGAGUAGUGAUUCUGAUUCAGAUUCUGAUUCCAGUGCGAAAGAACAGGUUUCAGUUAAGAAACGCAAAGAAAUGGAUACUCAAUCGAUGACAUCACAACCGCAGCAACAACAACAACCCAUGCCACAUUUUCCAAUGGGAAUGUUCCCGAGUAAUGUACCAUUUGGUAGUGGAUUCAAUAGUCCUGGAUAUAAUCCUAUGUUGGCAUUCACCCAGAUGAUGAGCGGCAUGAAUUCGUCAGCGAUGAAUUUUCAACGAUAGACUUUUUUUUAAAUUUUGAUUAAGAAUGUGUUUUGCCUGUAAAUAAAAGAUUUUCAACUAUUUUCAAACAAAAACAAAACAGUUGGAAAAAUUAUUACACAGAAUUUCAUAAUUCAUCCUUAUUCCGAAAGGUAUUUGUUCUAAAAAGCUCAGAGAGCGCCUUGUUCUAGAAGUGGCAAUUGACAUUAAAAUAAAGAUUUAACUUCAGCUCCUUCUCGUUUGGUACAAAUAUUCCUAAUACAUCGUGGUCGGUUAAAUUUGAGGUCACUUUUUAUUUCUAGAGCUUGUUGAUUUUGUGCGUUUUAGUACAAAAUCUUUUCGGAAUAAGGCUGAUUAUCUUUUUGUUGAGUAGAUUGUAAGAAGCCCUUUUUAUUUUUUAAGAUAAGAUAAAAAAAAAAUACUUG